AUGCAAGGGCGGAAAAGCGUCAACCUUACACUCUACAAGGCAAGAGCAACUAAGACACCCUUUCUAUAUCUAGGGAUGGCAACUUGCCCGAUAAGAAAAGCUCGAGUCGAGUGGUCCCACCUUGCAUAUGGCUCUUUUAGAGACCCAAGCUUAAACCUCAGUAAGAAGGAACCAACCAACCUAGACUCUAAACAAGAGCCUUCGGGUACCAGACCAGCUUCAAAAGGUAGUGCAUCAGGUCAAUGUAAUCGAGCCUGGUUUGGGAUAUUGGAGUCGAACCAAAUCGUCCAUCGACGCUAUUUGCCUUUUCUCGUGGAG